UAUAAAUGAUUUCCAUCAGAGUCGCCUCCCUUAAAAAGAUGGCGACCCCCAGUGGGAAAUCCAAAAAAUCAUCCAAAUCCAAAACAAGUCCAAAUGGAGGGACACCACCGAAAAGAAAGCGAGUGGCAACGGUUGAAUCUAUUAUAGCUGCUAUACCAACUAGUGAAGUGGAAGUAGAAAGUGAUACGCCACAGACUAUUGUUGAAACAGUUGUUGUCCAAGGAGAUGACAUUUCUGUAAAUGUUACAAGCGCUCCUAUACAGGUACCAACUAUACCGAUCCAAGAGAAAGCUCAACCAAUUUUCAAAGAUCCAAAUUUUAUCCAUUCAAGUAAAGGAGCUGCUGGGGGCAAGAAGACUCGAGUUUGGAAAAAUUUGAAACAGAUCAUUUCUACUGAUAGAUCAUUGCCAUGGAAAGCCACAGAUGUAACAUAUGGUUCUAUUGAUGCACCACCAUCUUUUAAACCAGGAAAAAAAUAUUCAGAUUUGUCAGGCCUAGAGGCAAAUUAUGUUGAUCCUCAAACAAAACUUCGCUAUUCCACUGCUGAAGAGUUUUCACGGGUUAGAAUUCUACCAGGAGAUAUUGUCAUGGGUUAUCUAGCUUUACGGAAAGCCAAUACACCAGUUCCGUGAGAAAAUAUUAAAUUUUUGGUUGAAAGAAUAACCUGGACAUGAAAAGUCCAAUCUUUGAGAAGAUUGAAAUUGUAAGAAAAGGAACAAUGUUGUUUAAUAGGUAAUAACUUAGACUGUGUGUGGAUGUAAAACCUUCAUUAUUCAUAUGAAAAGUUAAUUUUCAUAUAUGGAAUAAAAAAGAAAGGAGCUUAAACUUUCUACUCCACACUAGGCCAUUUGACUAAUACUUUUACUGUGUAACCAAAAACAGAUGGGAAAGGUUGCCGUUCUAACUUUAUAGAUUGAUACAGAAAAAGAACUCAAAAGUUAAUCUCAUAAACCAAACGUUUACUGUGAUCCAUUGAUCAAAGGUCGAGGAGGUAUAAAAUUUGUAUUUUGAUAAGGAUUGAAACAAAUAAAAUCUAUGGAAUGUAAAAUGUUAUAAAAUUCCACAGGAAUUGUAGACAAUUCUUUGUCUUUAUUGAACUGCUAAGCAGUAACAUCAUAAUAGCAAUAAUACAUUUAAUGUGGAUGAAUAUUGUUGUCACUUACACCCAUUACCUUUCAAGUGUUGAAUAACAGGUUUCUUGAAUAAAAUGAAGGGAAACAAAUUCUACAUGCAAUAAAUUUAGAAUGAUGAAGACAGGAACAUUGAAAUCUAUCAAAAUAUUGUAAUGAGGCUCAUAAUUUUAAACUAGACUCAUUUAUUCUAUUAACAUAGUGAUUAUUCCCCUGUGGUGAUGUGUGCAAAGCUAGGAAGGACAAUUUUGUUUGAACAGUGGUGUUUACGUCUACUCUUUUUUAAGGGAUCUUUUACGUGCGCUGCAUUGUUUAAAUGAAUGGACCUUGGUUUUUCUGAAUGACUAGGUAACACUUUUCUUGUCCGGCCUGCAUGUGACGUGUACAAUCAUAUAAAGGACAGUUUUUGCCUGGUCAGUGGUGUUCAUGCCUAUUCAUCAUAUGGGAUUUUUUACGUGUACUCCAUUAUUCCAAUAGCUGAACCUUUUUUUCAUGUUAUCUGAAAAAAUAAGGAACACUUUUCUUGUCACCCCUGCAUGUGCUACCCUUGAAAUGUGGUUCCUGUGUGUGAUAAAUGGCAAGUUUCUGUGCAUUUCACACCAUGAUUCGCACCUGGGACAAUCUUCCCCACCCCCACCCUCUUCUAUUUCUGUCCAUUUCCUUAUAAUAGAGAUCAUUCUAUCAACAUUACAAUGUUAUAGGUGUAUAAAAUAUUCAUGGAGAGCCAUGGAAACAAAUCAAAUAAUAACUGUAAUAAAAAAUAAUGUGUAUAUUACAUAAUUCAUUAUAUUAAGAACAAUUUUAAAGUAGAAGUCCCAGAUUUAUUUCAGAGAAUAAAAAUGGUUAAUUGUU